AUGGCAUUAAGCCUGGCACUGUCGGCUAAAGCCGAGCCGCGGGUGACUUUUGCUCAGCGGCAGGAGUUCCGCAGCGCCAGGGCAACGCAGUCCUUGCAGCCCGGCGGCAGCAGCAGCAGCAGCGGCGUUGCGGCGCCCGUUCAGCCACACACACCCUUGGCAGCCAGGCGUUGCCCUUUUAAGAAGCCCGGGUGCUGGCUCAGAGCCUGUGUUUUGAUGCAGAGCCUGUGGAUGCCACAGUCUGACAAGAGCCCCCCCAGCAGUGGGGAGCUGGAGCAGGGACUGCCAGCGCCCCCACCACCAGCAUCCCCCCCGGAGCCCCAGCAGCAGCCCCCCCGGGCUUGCUCCUCUACCUCCAUCAAAGUGGAAGGAGGUGGAGGGUGCGACCAGAUCACCCCAGAUGAGGAGCAGAGGCUGGGCCAAGCUGGUUUCAUGCAGAGGCAGUUCGGGGCCAUGCUCCAGCCGGGCGUCAACAAAUUCUCCUUGAGGAUGUUUGGCAGCCAGAAGGCCGUGGAGAGGGAGCAGGAAAGGGUUAAGUCUGCCGGGUUCUGGAUCAUCCAUCCCUACAGCGACUUCAGGUUUUAUUGGGAUUUGACCAUGCUGCUCCUGAUGGUAGGGAACCUGAUCAUCAUCCCUGUGGGCAUCACUUUCUUCAAGGAUGAAAACACUACCCCAUGGAUUGUCUUCAAUGUGGUUUCGGACACGUUCUUCCUCAUCGACCUUGUCCUCAACUUCCGAACAGGCAUUGUGGUGGAGGACAACACAGAGAUCAUCCUAGACCCACAGAGGAUCAAGAUGAAGUACCUGAAGAGCUGGUUUGUGGUGGAUUUUAUCUCCUCCAUCCCUGUGGACUAUAUCUUCCUAAUUGUUGAAACCCGCAUUGAUUCUGAGGUGUACAAGACAGCCCGGGCACUGCGCAUCGUGCGCUUCACUAAGAUCCUCAGCCUCCUGCGGCUUCUGCGGCUCUCCCGGCUCAUCCGCUAUAUUCAUCAGUGGGAGGAGAUCUUCCAUAUGACCUACGAUCUGGCCAGUGCAGUGGUGAGGAUUGUGAACCUGAUUGGGAUGAUGCUGCUGCUGUGUCACUGGGAUGGCUGCCUCCAGUUCCUUGUGCCUAUGCUGCAGGACUUCCCCGACGAUUGUUGGGUGUCCCUCAACCGCAUGGUGAAUGACUCCUGGGGGAAGCAGUAUUCCUAUGCGCUGUUCAAGGCAAUGAGUCACAUGCUCUGCAUUGGGUAUGGGCAGCAGGCGCCCGUUGGCAUGUCAGAUGUGUGGCUCACUAUGCUGAGCAUGAUUGUCGGUGCCACCUGCUAUGCCAUGUUCAUCGGCCAUGCCACAGCCCUAAUCCAGUCUCUGGACUCCUCACGGCGUCAGUACCAGGAGAAG